UAUAUUAUUUUUAGUUACGUCUCGGAUCAUAAUAUUGAGUAAAAACGUUAAUAAUUAAUAAAUUAAGAAAUAUCGAAAGAAUUAAAAAGACAUGGGAAAAGGAGAACAAGAAGCAAUUUUGAUUUCUGAUUCUCUCGUUUAUUUUUUUAAUGGUCUACAUUUUAUCGGAGGUUCUGGUUUAUUUGUUAUUGGAUACAUGACGAUGGCUUUCCUAUCGAAAAACUAUAUUUUUGAUGAAGAUAUAAAAACAGACCUUAUAGCAAUAUUUAUUAUGAUAACCGGUGGUGCAAUUGUUGUGUUUACUGCUUUUUCUUUCUUUGCUGUAUACACGAAUAAUUUAUCAAUUAUGCGAAUGUGCUGCGUUGUCCUUGGAUGGAUAUUGAUUGUGCAACUAGAAGCAGGAAUUAUUUUAUAUGUAAAAAAGAAUGAGGCAAAGAAUCUAAUUAAAGCGAAUAUGUUUUAUUCUUUCAAAACUUACUCGUCAAACAAUACUAAUCGAAUAUUAUGGGACAAGUUACAUAAAAACAAAGAAUGUUGCGCAGUUACUGGUUACUUCGAUUGGAUUUCUCGUUCUGGGAAUAUAGAAUUACCUAAAAGUUGUUGUAAAUCUCAAAGCUUGGAUAAAUGUAUUGCAUCAAUGUCACAGCAAGAAACAAUAUUUGAAACAGGAUGUUAUGAUAAAAUUAUGAUGGAUGUGAACUAUAGAAUCAAGUUAUUUGAAAUAAAUAAUUCUACUGUUGUUGUAAUAGGACUAGAAAGCAUAUUAUUUGGACUUCUUUACGUUCGAAUUAAAAAUAAUAUGCCACAAGAAGAAAGAAGCGAAUCGUUCGAAACCGAGGAGGAAGAAAGUUCGGAAUCUGAAGGAUAAAAAGGAUAAAAUAAUCAUUAAAUUCGAAUGAAAAUAUAUUUAAUGAGAAUAAAAAUAAAAUUAAUUGUUUUUAUA